AUGAACUCAAGAAUAUUAACAUCAUACAUCAAAGCGACCGUGAAACCAUCGCUUGCUUUGAGAUCCAACUUAACCCUAAUACUGUCCUCAAAAUGUUUAUAUUCUUCCAUUUCAUUUAAUAAAGUAAAGAGGCUAAAUAACAUUCACUUUUUUAUAAACCAUUACCGUUUUUAUUCUAAUCAGCAAAAUCCUUCUAAUGAAAAGGGCGAACCUAUAACUUCAAAGCCAAAAGAAGAAACCACAAAUGCAUCUUCAACAUCAGCUUUACACGCAGUUUUGGCCGAAAGGGAACAAGAAGCUAAUCAACAUUUCAAUGAUCCAAACAUUCAGGCCGGUUUUUAUAGACUAUUAAUGAAUUCUGGGUACCCUCAAUAUGUUGUUUCUAGAUUUGAAACGCCCGGAAUUGCUUCUUCCCCCGAGUGUACCACCAUCUACAUUAAAGCUCUAGAGGAAACUGGCAAACAUGUCCAAGCUGAAUCUGUUAAGCAAACUUUAGCUGCAAAUAAUGGUGCUGGUACCAACACCGGCAAUACUACCUCAACUGCUUCGCCUUCAGCGCCUUAUGUGAUGAAUACACAUAUUGGUACACCAAAGGAACCCGUUCAUGUUAUUAUAACUGAAUCUACAGCCACUAUAGUUUCUAGGUGGAUUAGGUGGCUAGUAAUUUUUGGAUUACUAACAUACGGUGUUUCUGAAGGUUUCAAAUAUAUUACUGAGAAUACCUCCUUAUUGAAGUCAAGCGAAGUUGCUGACAAAUCUGUGGACGUCACUAAGACUACUGUUAAAUUUGAUGAUGUUCGUGGUUGUGAUGAGGCGCGUGCAGAAUUGGAAGAAAUUGUUGAUUUUUUGAAAGACCCCGCAAAAUACGAAGCCUUGGGUGGUAAAUUGCCUAAAGGUGUUUUAUUGACUGGACCACCAGGUACCGGUAAAACUUUAUUAGCAAGAGCUACUGCUGGUGAAGCGGGUGUUGAUUUUUUUUUUAUGUCUGGUUCUGAAUUUGAUGAAGUUUACGUAGGCGUUGGUGCCAAGCGUAUUCGUGAGUUAUUUUCGCAAGCACGUGCUCGUUCUCCCGCUAUCAUUUUUAUUGAUGAGUUGGAUGCCAUUGGUGGCAAGCGUAAUCCUAAGGAUCAGGCUUACGCCAAACAAACUUUAAAUCAGUUGUUAGUUGAAUUAGAUGGGUUUUCUCAAACAAGUGGCAUAAUAAUUAUCGGUGCCACCAAUUUUCCUGAAUCCUUGGAUAAGGCUUUAACUAGACCUGGUAGAUUUGACAAGGUUGUCAAUGUGGACUUGCCAGAUGUCCGUGGCCGUGCCGACAUUUUAAGACAUCACAUGAAAAAAGUCACAUUGGCACCAGAUGUGGAUCCAGAAAUUUUGGCACGUGGUACUCCAGGGUUAAGUGGUGCUGAAUUGAUGAACUUAGUUAACCAAGCUGCCGUUUAUGCAUGUCAGAAGAAUGCAAUUGCUGUUGAUAUGAACCAUUUUGAGUGGGCCAAAGAUAAGAUUUUAAUGGGUGCUGAAAGAAAGACUAUGGUUUUAACCGAGGCUACCAGGAAAGCUACUGCUUACCAUGAAGCUGGUCAUGCUAUUAUGGCUCUGUAUACUCCAGGUGCCACUUCUUUGUAUAAAGCUACGAUUUUGCCAAGAGGCAGAGCAUUAGGUAUAACAUUUCAAUUACCGGAGAUGGAUAAAGUUGAUAUUACUAAGAAGGAAUGUAAAGCCAGAUUAGAUGUUUGCAUGGGUGGUAAGAUUGCGGAAGAACUAAUAUAUGGCAAAGAGCACACUACUUCCGGUUGUGGUUCCGAUUUACAAGGUGCGACUGGUAUGGCUAGGGCUAUGGUUACUCAAUAUGGUAUGAGUGAGCGAGUUGGCCCGGUUAACUUAUCUGAUAAAUGGGAAACCUGGUCUGGUAAGAUCCGUGAUGUUGCUGAUCAAGAAGUUGUUGAUUUGCUAAAAGACUCUGAAGAGAGAUCCAGAAAGUUGUUGGAGGAAAAAAAUGAUGAGUUACACAGGUUAGCACAAGGUUUAAUGGAAUAUGAAACGUUGGAUAGAGCAGAAAUCGAAAGAGUUUGUAGAGGUGAGCCGUUAAAUAGAAUUAAAUAUUCAACAAACAAGGUUAUAGAUGGUCCGGAUAACGACGAACGUAAAAAUAUAGAUAAAUCUUUACCAGCUCCAAUAUGA